AACCAGCUACCACGAACGGAUUCAUCAGCACUCUGUGCAACAAACUGAACAAUAACUCUGUCAAAAAUAGAAAGCCCAAUAAUUUUGACGGCCCAAAAAAAUCGCCGUUGCCGGGGAUCGAACCCGGGUCACCCGCGUGACAGGCGGGAAUACUUACCACUAUACUACAACGACCUUGUUGGCUUGUUUAGUUUAAUAACUUUCCUGUCCUCACAUUCUUGAGUUCAAGUAUCUCUCCAAUCAGCUAAUCGAGGAGGGUUUAUCUCGUUUAGGUUUUUCGCUCUGCUCACUGCAGGAAGCGUUCAAAAUCUGACUCUCCUCCGAUGGCGAAACCAUCCAGAGGCCGCCCUUCGCCGCCGUCGAGGUCUAUGUCCCGCUCCCGUUCAUCCUCCGGCUCGGACUCCAGCUCGCGCUCUGGUUCCCGUACGAGAUCUCCCUCGCGGUCAAGGUCGAUCUCCUCUUCUUCUCCGUCUCGCAGCGCCAGUUCCGGCAGCCGCAGUCCUCGUCCUCCACGAAAGAGCCCCGCUGAAGUAGCUAAACGAGGUCGCAGCCCGCCUGCACAAGUGAAGAAGGCAUCUCCGCCACCAAGGAAAGCUUCUCCAGUUCGCGAGUCUCUUACUCUUCAUGUUGACUCGCUGAGUAGGAAUGUGCAUGUUGGCCAUUUGAGAGAAAUAUUCAGUGUCUAUGGCGAAGUCGCGAAUGUGGAUCUUGCAAUGGACCGAGUUGUUAAUCUUCCUAGGGGAUUUGGAUACGUGGAGUAUAAGGUCAGAGCAGAUGCGGAGAAGGCUCUGUUACACAUGGACGGGGGGCAAAUUGAUGGUAAUAUUGUGCGAGUUCGUUUUACAUUACCUCCAAGACAACAAAAGGUUUCACCACCUGCAAAGCCUGUAGCCAGUGCUCCAAAAAGAGAUCUUCCAAAAAUUGAUGGUGCCAGUGCGGAUGUUGACAAGGAAGGACCAAAACGUCCACGAGAACUCUCUCCAAGAAGAAGAUCUCCUAUUGGCCGAAGAGGCGGAUCUCCUAGACGCCCACCACCAGAUUCACCUCCACCACGCAGGCGUCUUGAUUCUCCUCCUCGUCGCCGCGUGGACUCACCACCUUUUCGUCGGGGGGAGACCCCUCCAAGACGUAGGCCUGCGUCCCCAGGGGCUAAAGGUCGUUCGUCUUCUCCUCCACCAAGGCGAUAUAGGUCCCCUCCAAGGAACUCUCCCAGGAGAAUACGUGGAAGUCCAGUUCGCAGGCGUUCUCCUCUACCGCCAAGAAGGCGGUCGCCACCUCCUAGACGUGCCCGAUCUCCUCCAAGAAGGUCUCCUCUCCGUAGACGAAGCCGCUCACCAAUUCGUCGGCCUCUACGCUCGCGAUCUAGAUCGCUCUCUCCUCGGAGAGGCCGAGGACCAGCUGCAAGACGUGGAAGGUCAUCAUCUUACUCUGAUUCGCCUAGCCCAGUGCGCAAGGUGGCUCGUAAGAUCUCAAGGAGCCGCAGUCCUAAAAGGCCCUUGAGGGGUAGAAGCAGCAGUAACAGCAGCAGCAGCAGUUCACCACCUCGAAAGCCAUAGGCUCUUCAUUCUUGUUAGUUUUGUUACCAUGUUUUUCGGGCUUUAGUUGCAUCUAUGGUAUUUUGGUUUGGUGAAAUGAUGGAUAUCGACUCUCCUUAGCUCUAGUUUCUGAUCGGCAUAUUGUAAUCAUAUUGUAUGUUACUCCAUUUGCUAGUCUCUGUUACUUUUUGGAAUUCGUUAGUUUGUAUUAGAAUCGCGGCGGAUUUACCUAUUUGUACACUUUCAUCGUUCGUUGCUUGCUCCUGAAUUCAUGCUAUCGAGUUGGUCAUAGAACCACCAGGUAGUCAGGUAGAUCGAUGAGCCAAGUUUGUACCUGUCGUCAAACAAGAGAGUUAUCUUGUAAUAAUGUGAGGAUGACGAACUAUUUUCGCAUCUCCUAUCAACAUUAUCAUUAUGUUUUAUAAGCGUUGGGCAAUGCCAUAACUUCUAAACUAGAGGUUCCAUAGUAAGUUAAAUAUCCAGAGUGUGUUGAUGAAAUAAGACGAUACUUGGGUGUCGCUCAUGCUGUCAUGCAUAAUUAGGCAGAGCUAGUUUGUCAAAAUCGGGAGGAGAAAAUCAACAUCUAUAAACUCAAUAUUUUCUCGAUCUUGUAAAUAGCUCAAUAAUUGUGUGAUAUACUCAAUUUUGUAAAUAGCUCAUUAUUGAGAGAUGUGAUUCUAUUUGUUCUUUUUCUUUACCGACUAUUUUUUGUUAUUUUCUUGAUCUUGUAAAUAGCUCAAUAAUUGUGUGAUAUACUCAAUUUUGUAAAUAGCUCAUUAUUGAGAGAUGUGAUUCUAUUUGUUCUUUUUCUUUACCGACUAUUUUUUGAGUUGUUAAGUAAGUUAUUAAUCAUUUCAAAUGAAGUGAUGUAAAUUGC